AUGGCUAAAUUAGCUGCUGCAUCCUCCCCCAUUGCCCUUUUUCUCACUUUGAAUAUUCUGUUUUUCACAAUGGUUAGUUCCAUUAAUUAUUACCCAACAGUUACGGGUAAAUGUCCUACAGACUCAUCCAAAUACGAAGUGUGUGGUGACUUAUUAAAUGAUUUGGUGCACCUUAAUUUGGGAAGUCAAGCUAAGACCAAAUGUUGCUCUCUCAUUCAAGGCAUAGCUGGUGCUGAUUUUGCAUAUUGCCUUUGCGAUGCCAUUAAAACAAACAGCACCAGUAUUCUCCCUCUUGACGCCCUAAGCUUGCUGUUCAACAACUGUGGAAAGAAUCGUCCCUGGGAUUUCCGAUGCCCAUAA